CGACUAGGAAAUUAGUGCCAUCCGGGAGACACGGCCGGUCCGUGUCGAUCCAUAUGUUGUAGCGUCCAUCCCGCCCAAGUUCGUCGACUGCCCUCGCUCUAUCGACUGCGGCCAAGGUGCUCUAGCCUUGGUUGUCUAGGCCGUGGGCAAAUUGAUGCCGGAGAGCAGGGCCGAGCGAGGGCGAGAGAAGCAGCAAUGGAAUAAGGGAGGGUGCUUCUUCUCGUCUUCUAUCUCUAUUCCAUCAUGAACUUGUACGCGCGCACAAUUAUGGGUACAGCUAUACCCGUAGACUGAUGUAGAUGAAAAUGAAUAUAGACCGAGAUGAUGAAAUAGAUCUAUGCAUAUGCAUCUGCGUGAACGGCGAACCGGUUAUCUUGCUAGCCUCUAUAGUCCACAUAUACAAGCUGACCCUAAUAGAACAACACAAAAUAGCAGCAGUUGGGGAGGGGGGGGCGCGAAACAAAGAAUUCCCCGUCGCGAUCAUACGCAUAUCGACCUAUCUGUCUUUUCUUUCCUUGUUCCGUCUCAUUACCCGCUUUCUGUCAAUAUCUAUCCCAUCGAGACCUACCAUCUGCCCAGCCAUCGUGACCGUUUGGCGCGACCCCCCCGGAGAUCUUGAUCGACGUCCAUUCGCGCUCACCUCUUCCGCGGCGCCUUUCUCCGGCCAAGUCAAUAGUAAUAAUGCCGAACCCGUUUCCUUCCCCUUCCCGGCUGGCUAUCUUUCGGGCCACGUUAGGGUGAGCUUUCCGAGACCUCGAGGGCCGCAUGUGCCACAUGAACCUGCACCGUGUGAUGUGGUCUCGGACGAGGCCGCCGCAUUCCGUCCCAGGGCGUUCUCAGCGUUCAGCCAUAGCCCCCCCCAGAGUUGUCAAGUGACUCAACCAGCCAGCCGGCUGCGUACUUCUUCGUCCUCGCUGUACAGCCUCGGCGGCGUAGACACCCCGAGUGCCCCGCCGAUGCUGUCUCGCCUAGCGGACGAGGCGGAGCCGAGCCGAGCCGACGUGAGCCAGUUCGACGGUAGCGAUAACCUGUGCCGUGCGGGAAUCGCGUCCGCGUCUGUGCGGAAAGCGCACCGGUGAAAUUUCGAGAUGUGCCGAUUCAGACAGGUGAGAGACCGAGAGGGAAGAGUCUUAUCGCCGAGCGCGAUCCGACGCGGGUGGCUGAGGCGGGCCGGAGAGGAUUCCGGCUUCUCUCUGCGGAGGAGGGGGGAAGGGGUGGGGGAGGGGCUUGUGAAGAUAGGUAAUAGACAGAGACUACGAGGCGUACCCGACCUACCUGCAGAGGUCUUACGGUCAACCAGGCCGCGAUGCGUCGCUGGCCAGCCGCGCGUCCACUGGGUGCCGCCCCCUCGCCAAGGUCGUAGGUCUCGAAGACCUCCCUGUCGCCCCCAUCUCAGUCUCGACAUACGAGCCGCGAAACCGACGUGUCUUGCAGCAGCGCCCGACGUACGUACGCACAUAAAUCACCGCAUCCUCCCGCUGCUCGCUCGG